UAUCCUCAAAGUUUAUUUGGUCGGGUUGGGCAAAACCUAACAAAAAAAGGGCAUAAAAAAGAAAGACAUAUCUGAUCAACCCGACCCACUUUAACCUCUUUGUUGGCCGCGUAACCUGUUCGCACGCGGCCAUCUCACAAAGAACAUACAUUAAACAAAACCCACAAGAACCAAGAAAGAAGAAUUCUAGUUUGCAGACACAAGCCACAUCUUCGUAACACAUUAGCUUUAUACACACGUCAAGUGAUAUAUAUGAAAAAUGGUGAGAAUAAGAGAAAACCUUACAUUGUCAGUCUCAACACCGGCGCUUCGUGAGGUCAGAACGGCAGCAACGACGCCUGUAGCCUCACAGAAGCCAAAACAACGGUUAACGGAACAACUAUCUAUGUGUGAGUCACCACGAGACAUUGCUUGGGAAAGAAGAAAACGUCAGAUGAUAAUGAUUCAAGAGAAGAAGAUGCUUCAUAAAGGCGUUUCGGACCAUCUUAGUGAACAGAAGAAACUAACCGAUGAGGAUUUAAACGAGCUUAAAGGAUCCAUUGAGCUAGGUUUCGGUUUCAAUGAAGAAGCAGGACAAAAGCUAUGUAGUACAUUACCAGCUCUUGAUCUUUACUUUGCAGUGAAUCGUCAGCUCUCACCUCUCCCUUCACCUAGCAGCAGCCGUAGCAGCAGUGCAUGUGCAUCAGCUUUCUCGAUGAGUAUACCUUGUAGCCCAAAGAAAACUGAUUCAGAUUCAUUGAAGAUCGUGUGUCCAGGAGACAAUCCUCAACAAGUGAAGCAGAGAUUGAGACAUUGGGCACAAGCAGUUGCAUGUUCUGUAAUGCAGUCAUAUUGAUAAGUGUAUAUGUGAUUGUAAGCUCAAUCACUCAGAUUUUCUUUUAAGAGAUAGGAAGUACAAGAAUCCUUUAUGGCUGUGUAUAUACUUUAAAGGGAACAAAAGAUAAUAAACAAUAAAGCCUUUCUUGUUCAUAAACUGUAUACCGAAAGAUAUCCAUAUGGCCUUGGCUUGGGUAAUAAUAAUAAA